ACCUCGCAGGGGGGGCGGGAGGCCGUUAGACGGCGGGGCAGGGCUGGCCCCGCUUAUGUAAUAACAGGCAACCCCAGGGAGAGGCGCAGAGCCUCACAGAGGAGAACACGGACGAGAGCCCUGCCCUCGGUGUGCCCCACAGCCCAGCAAGGGCCCCCCAGGGCUGCCCAGGAUGGAGGUGCCUUGAGAAGGCGCCCCAGCUCGCAGCAGGGACCACGCUCUGCUUCCCCAGCACCUUGGGGUCCGGCGGGAAGGAGCCACCGUGACGGAGACAGGGAAAAGAGUGAGACCCCCGCGCACUCCCCGGCUGGGGAUCCCAGGCAGGAGCAAAGCAGGCCUCCUCGCGGCUUCGUGAAUGUCUGAUUUUGCCAGCUGCGGGCUGCAAAUUCACAGAACCAGCUCAGAGAAUUUCGCUGCCACGGCCGGUUUUGGGGUGGCCCUUCUGGAGCAGACGCUGGGCAGGGCCUGGGCCGGCAAGAUGCCCCCUUGCCCUCCCCAGCAGGGCCGGGCCCGGACAACGCUCCUGCCUGCACCACCGGUGAGUGAGCCUGGCCAGCAGGGGGAGAUGGAGCUGACCUGGCAGGAGAUCAUGUCCAUCGCGGAGCUGCAGGGCCUGGAUGUGCCGAAUGAGACCCCCUACGACCCUGCAGUCUACACCCUCAUGCACCAAAUGGCGCCCGCUGCCAACUACGGGCACUGCCCAGCGCUGGGGGAUGGCCUGGUGCCCAGCUGCAGCCAGCCUGCCCCAGUCUAUGACCGCCACUAUCUGGAUGUCAUGGCGGCCCCAUGCCCCCGGCUAGGGAUGGGCCCCGUGCCCCCUAUGGACCCCCCUUAUGGUUACACUGGGAUGCUGAUCUCCUCCAGCCUUGACCCGGGGCCAGGAACCACCGCCCUGGGCCAGAUGGGCACCAACAAGACUCCGUCCCUGUCUGGGCUGCUAAGCGAGUCCCAGGGGGAGGCCAGCGGGCGGGCUGAGGGGGGCCGGGCUGAGGGCUACGGACCCCCGCCACCCUGCAAUGCCCAGGAGGACUUGGAAUCAGAUUCGGGCCUGUCGCUCAACUACAGCGACGCCGACUCCAUGGAGACCGAGGGGCUGGAGUCCAGCAGGCUACGGCCCGACUACGCGGAGAUGUACCCUGUGGACUAUGGCCCGCACUACCCCUUGCUGCCCACCUUGCAGGAAGCGUCUCCCUUCGCCAUGCAGCCCCCGGAGCCGUUCAAGCCCCAGCUGGAGAAGGGCCGGGCGCCCCCGCGGGCCGAGCUGGCCUGCAGCCGGGACGAGCGCCGCGCCUUGGCCAUGAAGAUCCCCUUCCCCACCGAGAAGAUCGUCAACCUGCCGGUGGACGACUUCAACGAGCUGGUGUCCAAGUACCAGCUGACGGAGCCGCAGCUGGUGCUGAUCCGCGACAUCCGGCGCCGCGGCAAGAACAAGGUGGCGGCCCAGAACUGCCGCAAGCGCAAGCUGGAGAACAUCGUACAGCUGGAGCAGGAGCUGGAGCAGCUGGGGCGGGAGCGGCAGCAGCUGCUGCGGGACCGCUGCGAGGUGGACAAGACCCUGGGCCUCAUGAAGCAGAAGCUGGGCCAGCUGUACCGCGAGGUCUUCCUCAUGCUGCGGGACGAUGCGGGGAACCCCUACUCGCCUGACGAGUUCUCCCUGCAGCUCACCGCAGACGGCGGCAUCUUUCUGGUGCCGCGCAGCAAGAAGCUGGACAGCGGGGACUGAGCAGGGCGGCCCUGGGGCCCCACAGCUAGGCCCUGCCUGUGUGUGGGGUGGGGUCUGUGUUCUUUCCCAGCAACCAAACCUGCUUGUGGGGGGGCCUUUUAGUGCAUUACACACCUGGAGGCAUCAUAAGGGCGUGGGGGGGCCUGUCACUGCCUUACACACCGAACCCUGGAGGUGUCAUAUGGUAAUAGAGGGGCCUGCCAGAGCAUUACACGCCCAAGUGAACCCUAGAGGUGUCAUACGGGGAUGGGGGGACCCUGUAGUGUGUUAUGCGCCCACGUCCCAGACGUGACACUGUUAGUUUCUGUGAUGAUUGCCCCAGCCCCCUUCACUCCCCUGCAGAGACCAGGGGCGCUGAGUCCCUUGCCCCCUACUCCCUGAUCUCUGUCCUAGGGGGUGUUUGGGUGCCCCAUGAGCCCCAAGGAGCUGGCCCAGCCAUGGCGGGGGAGGCGGGGUGGCGCGAGCCCCACACCGCUGACAGAACCAGAGUCUCUUCCUUCCUGUGCAUCCAUAAGCUUGUUUGUCAGAUGCCCCUUUGCAAAGUCACUGAGAGCAACAGGAGCCCAAGGUCCCUGAGGGCAGGGCUAGAGGGGCUGGGGACGGGGCAGCCGGGGACAGGAGGGGGUCCUUGAGGGCAGGGCUGUGCAGGGUCAAGAGGGACAGGGACAGGAGGGGGUCCCUGAGUACAGGGCGUGAAGGGCAGGGGGCUGUGCAGGCCCAUGAGGGAGGGGAUAGGAGGGGGUCCCUGAGGGGGAGCAGAAGAGCCUUUCUUCAGGGUGAUGCUGGGCAGGGAGAGGCCAGCCUUGGGGCCUCUGGCUCGUGGCACUGAGCCCGUGUGGCUGGGAACGGGGCCAAUCCACCAUCAUGGUGGGCCAUAUGAGCAGGAGCUGAGCGCAGCAGCUGAGAUCCUGUGGCCCGGAGGCCGGCCAGAGGACCCCAGAGCUCAGAGGGUUAAAUGUGGGGAGCCGUGGCCCCAACUGCCCUGGUGCAAGGUGCCCCCGGCAGCAUUUUCCCCAUUUGGACUGUUGUAAAUAGAGACCUGGCCCGCAGCUGCCAACUGUCCCGCAAUAAACAGCGCCCGGAGGGACCUGCUGGGA